AUGUCAACAGAUUUAUACGACUACGAUAUAGCAAAGGAAAGUUACAAACAAUACAUUAAAAAGGAUCACAUCAAUGAAUUACGAUGGCUUAUUAAGGAUAUAAUUAAACCUGAUCUACCAUAUAUAAUUGACGAAGUAGAAUAUUGUUUAACUGUAUUAAAUAACAAUGAAAUAUCGCGAAUGCCAAUUACAACGGGUGGCUUUCCUUGUGAUCCAAAUGCACCUCAAAUACAAGGUAUAAUAACGCGACAAGGCCCUUAUAUAUUAGAUAUUCAAUUUACAAUUAAGUUUGCACAUUAUAAAAAAGGUCAAUUGAUUUCAUUCCGAGGAAACUCAGACUUAAAUGCCACUGUAACUACAGAAAAAUAUGAGUUAUUACAAUUACAGGUGACCAAUAAGAAAUUGCUGGAAAUAUUAAAAAAUUUAGAAGAUUUAGAGAUGAUAAAUGAUGAUGAGACGUUUGUUCAACUUUUUGAAAAGAUUCUAAGCUCUUUGACUCAAUUAAUUAACAUUUUACAGAAUCCCCCAAACGAAUUAAAUUUUCCUUUCGAUAAUAAUAGCAUUUUAAAACAUUUCUACGAGAGAAGUUAUAAUGACCUUUGUGAAUCUGUACAUCACUUAUUAAGUUUAGAAGUUGCACUUAGCGGGGACAAGUUCAUCCUUGAUUUUAGAAAUUUAGACAAAGUCACGAAGAGGCCAUGGUGCCAAAUAGAUCCCCAAGAUGGCAAGUCCCUUGUUGAUAAAAUUAAAGAACAACAGAGAAGAGAUAGAGGGAAGAAACUAGAAGACAUAUUAGUAGAAAGUAAUGUGAUAGUUGAAGAAGCGAGUUUAUUAAACAACCUUAUGCAAUCAACAUUCAACAAAGAAUCUACGACUUUGCAACAGGCUCAGUUUUUCAUUAGCAGAUGCAUUACUUUUGAUGGUAAAGUAAUAACGGAGUUGGAGAAAGUAUCUACAUCCUGUAGCGACCAAUCAUUAAUGAACUUAACGAACAAACUUAAUGAAUUAGAAGAAAAAUUAGGUAAUCAUUUUAAUAAUUUAUCUAUAUAG